GAGGAGACCCGUGGUGUCCUCAAGGUCUUCCUGGAGAACGUUAUCCGUGACGCUGUCACCUACACCGAGCAUGCCAAGCGAAAGACCGUCACCGCCAUGGACGUCGUCUAUGCUUUGAAACGUCAAGGCCGUACCCUUUACGGUUUUGGUGGUUAG